GUGCACAGCAGAAAGUUCAUGUGCUGUCUAAACAGUUUUAGGAAGUUUUGAUAAUUUUUUUUUCAUAAGCUUGUCUACAAAGCUCUCUGUUUAUACUAUUUGAAAGUCGCCCGGUGUGUGAAACGGAGCCAUAGUUGAGCCACCCAGUCCUCCACAAGAAAUUGUAGUCCAAGGAGAUGAAAAUCCCUCAUUUGGAAUUCAGGGGUUGAUGGAGGCCAGGCAGCCGUCACUAAAAGGAUUGAGGUUCCUAUCCGUCCUUCGCAGCCAGGGUGAAGGGGUGUAGUCUGACAUUUGGAAGCUUAAGAAGCCAGCGUGCCGCCUUCCAAUUCUUUCUCAAAGCCUUCCAUCAUAUAAUCAAGUGAAAGAAAGAUGAGCUUCAUCUGUGGACUGCAGUCUGCGGCUAGAAACCGUGUUUUCUUCCGAUUUGAUUCCCUAGCUAACUGGAGAAAAUGUAACACGUUAGUGGUGACCUCGCCAGACUGUCAUCAAGGACCAUUUAGUCGUAUAAUAACCACGUAUCAGGGCCUGGGAGUAAGUCAGAGUAAGAGGUCCGCUUUUCUGCCUGGAAACUUUGCUUUUUAUAGGACUUUGAAUAACAGAAGGAUAGAAUGCCUUUUGAGUGGCCAAAGUAAGACAGUCUGGAGGACCACCAGAGGGGGCGCUGCGUGGAAUGACUCUCCCUCGAGUCAGCUGAUGAAAGACGUGACAGCAGCUCCUGCCCUUCCAGCUCUGUGUCCUCUCAGCGGCUCUCCGGGGAGAGCCAGCCGGCGUUUCCACACUUCUCCACGGGUUCAGGCCGCUCCAGUUCCUCUCUUGUUGAUUAUCCUUAAACCAGUACAGAAGCUACUUGCAAUCAUUGUGGGGAGGGGUAUAAGGAAAUGGUGGCAGGCACUUCCUCCUAACAAGAAGGAACUAUUUAAAGAAAGUAUAAAGAAGAAUAAAUGGAAGUUGUUCUUUGGUUUGAGUAGUUCCGGAUUAUUAUUCAUAGUGUUUUAUUUUACUCACCUGGAGAUGAGUCCAAUCACAGGAAGGAGGAAGCUGCUUUUAAUGGGGAAAGAGCAUUUCAGACUUUUGUCAGAGCUGGAGUAUAAAGCUUGGAUGGAAGAAUUUAAAGAUGAUAUGCUACCUGAGAAAGACGGCCGGUAUCUGGCUGUUAAAGAAGUGGUUUAUCAUCUAAUUGAAUGCAAUAAAGAUAUUCCAGGGAUCUCGGAGAUCAAUUGGAUUAUUCAUGUGGUUGAUUCCCCCGAUAUAAAUGCCUUUGUGCUUCCAAAUGGACAAGUGUUUAUUUUCACUGGGCUUCUAAAUAGCGUAAACGACACUCAUCAGCUUUCCUUCCUCCUGGGCCAUGAGAUCGCACACGCAGUCCUUGGGCAUGCUGCAGAAAAGGCUAGCUUGGUCCAUUUACUGGAUUUCCUAGGUAUGAUUUUUCUCACGAUGAUUUGGGCCAUUUGUCCUCGAGACAGUUUGGCACUUUUGGGCCAGUGGAUACAGUCUAAACUGCAGGAGUAUAUGUUUCACAGACCGUACGGUAGAACGCUGGAGGCGGAGGCUGACAAAAUCGGACUGCAGCUCGCGGCCAAGGCUUGUGUGGAUGUGAGAGCCAGCUCAGUGUUCUGGCAGCAGAUGGAUUUUGCGGACAGCCUCCACGGUCAUCCCAAGCUGCCAGAAUGGCUGUCUACACAUCCUUCUCAUGGAAACCGGGCUGAGUACCUGGAUAGACUUAUACCGCAGGCUCUUGAAGUUAGAGAGAGAUGUAAUUGCCCACCACUUUCUGGACCAGACCCUCGAUUACUAUUCAAACUCAGCAUGAAGCAUUUUCUUGAAGAAUCAGAGAAAGAAGACCUCUCAAGUCCCUCAGAUGAAGCUACAGAAAGACCAGGGACCAAGCCCGGGCUCCGAGGUUUGUUGGCUUCCUCGUGUCUGGCUUCAAUACAGGUAAACAUCUCAUCAGGGACCACUUAGGCUGUCUGCGGGAUGACUUUCCAGGUUCUCAGACCCCUCUGCCAUCAGCUCCAGGAAAAGCCUGGGGUAAAGCAG